UCUAAGGCACAACCCAUCCAAUAAACAGACUGCCUCAACAUCACACAGGCUCCACCGCAGUUGAGAGGAGAGCGACACAGCGAAGUGAGGAGUCAGACAUGUCUACCAAGACCGUUAAUCUCGCUCUGAACGACCUGCUGCGGGAUUUGGCCAAAAUGCAAUACGAGCUGUUCUUCAACGCGAUCCUGGACCGCCAGAAGGAGCCGAAGGUCAGACGCUCCGACGUGGAAGACAGAAGUCGGGUGCAUUUUGCACAUGUUCUGAUCUCGACUUUCACAGAGUCCGGUGUUGUGGAGGUGGUUCUGGAGGCGCUGGGGGAGAUCGGCUGCAACGCUCAGAAAGAGAAGUUCGCCAAGGACAUAGGUGAAGGAUCACUGACAUCUGUUUCCAAUUACGGAGACAUCAUGAAGGUGGAAACAUCUGGAGCUUCGAUGCUAACAGCUCAGCAGGACAACCUGGAUUUCGAAGGUAAGGAGGCGUCGUACGCCAUGGCUGAGAUUGAUCUGGUAGAAAUGAACAACUACAAAUCCACCAUCAAAAACGUAGCUCGUCAGAAAGGAGUUGACGCAGCGCUCAUCGCUGCCAUCAUCUCCAGAUCCUGCAGGGCUGGAAAGUGGCUGACGGGAGGCUGGGGCGGCUACGACGAAAAGAGACAAAAAUAUAACACCUUUGGGCUGAUGCAGAUUGAUGUAAGUCCGAAUGGAGGUGGACACACUCCAAAAGGCUCAUGGGACAGUGAGGAACACCUCUGCCAAGCCACCGACAUCCUGAUUUAUUUCAUCAUGCGUGUGAAGCAUAAAUUUCGUGGGUGGAGCAAGGAGCAGCAGCUGAAAGGAGGGAUAGCAGCCUACAACGCAGGAGAUGGGAACAUUGGCCCCGAUGGAGAUGUGGACUCCAAAACCUCAAAUGGAGACUACGCUAAUGAUGUUGUUGCAAGGGCUCAGUGGUACAAAUCCAACGGUGGCUUUUAAAAUCCUGAGGCCGCCACAAUGUCCUAAAAAUCUGAAACCUUAUCUGUAAUGAAAGCAAUAUGUCCAAACAUAAGAUAUAGGGAUUCAGUUCAUCUCCACUGUGGGCUUCAACAUGCCUCCAGUUUUGAGCCUGUCUUUGUUGAUAUUUUUGCAUAUUGGCACCAUCAAAUCUGCUAAUAUAAUAAAUAAAAUAUGAUGAAUAAUGCUGAAUAAUCUA